AUGAAUAUUUUAGAUAACAUUUACAAAAAUAGUUUACUUCAAAAUGAAAAUUAUAUUAAGUUUUGGGAAGAAUAUUUGCAAAAUUUGAAUGCUUUAGAUCUCAAUAUGUACUCUGAAAAACUAACUGUACCAGUUUUAGUACCAAUUGGAAAUAGAAUUCUAUUUAGAGGAGCAAUUAAGCAUACAAAUGAAGUAAUGGUAUCACUAGGAGCUGACUACUUUACUAAGUGUUCUGUUAAGCAAGCUGAAGUUUUAAGACAACAUAGAAUUAAAGAUGCAAAAAUGAAACUGGAAUCAUAUGUUAAAGAAAAAGAGUAUCUCGAAAGCCAAAUAUCUUUUAACAAAGAAAAUGUACAUGGGACCUCUGGUCAAGAUAUAAUUGAGAUGGUAAGUGAAGAGGAAGAUAAAGCUUGGAGAGAACAACAUCGAGAGAGAGUAAGGCAAUAUCACCUAAGUAAAAAUAAGGAAACAGACAGUUCUAAAGAAGAUAUGACCGAUGAAGAUCUCUGGAUUAGAUUGGAAGAACUUGAAUUACAGGAAGAAUUGGAAAAUGAAAUGGAUGGCAUAGAAGACAAAGUCAAUAUUGAUGAAAGUGAUAGCAGUAGUUAUGAUUCAUUUAUAAUCACAGAAGAUGAUGUCAGUAAUAUUUCAAAAGAAGAAAUAAAGCAAAAUAAUAUACAAAAUGAAGCACAAAUUACUCACAAUGUUCACAAGCAGACAUCUAAGUUGGAUUUGUUGCAGCAAGUUAUAGACAGACAAAAAAUGUUAGCAGCAAAGUUAACUCAGCUUAAAAAUAUAGAAAGAGUUCAAAGUAAAACUGAAAAGGACCUUAUGUCAAAAUUGGAUAAAAUGGAUCAAUUAGAAGAACUUGAAGAUGAAAUGGACAGGUUAGAUGAUAUCUUGGAAGAAGAAGAUGAUGAUGAUAGUGCCCCCACAAUAAGUGAAGAUAACUCAGUCAAGAUAAAAAGAAAUGUAUCUUUUGCUGAUAAUAGUGACACUGAAACUUUAGAAAUUAAUUUUAAGCAUUCCAGUAUUGAACCAUGUAAUGAAUCAUAUAAUUCAGAAAAAGGUAUAGUGAAGCCAAGUGAUAUAUAUGAAGCAUAUUCAAAUUUUUUCACAAAUGAAACGACAUCUAUAUUAAAAAAAUCUAAAUAUGGACAUACUAAUUUAACUAAUGAAAUAAAUAGUGAUAAUUUGAAAACCUCUUUUAAAAAUCAUCCAGAUGAUACUAAAGUACCUUUAGAGAAUGAUAAUAUGAAUGUUAGCAGAAGUAUUGUUAUAAAUGAUGUUGUAGAGAAAAAUGAUGAAAAUGAUACUAAAGUGGCAAAUGACAGAAGACCUAUUGAAGAAGCUUUUUUAAAAAGCAUAAUGAUUUAUCGUAAUUUGAGAUAUUUGUCACGUCGAUACAGUCAAGCAGUCACGUUUAGAACUACAGAAUCUUCUCCUACUCAACAUAAUGAAAAUCAAGUUGGUUUAUUUUAUACUAUAAAUAACGACAUAUGUAAACAACUUUUUGGACAUGGGGGCUUGCCUAAGAGUUAUUUGAAGCAAACCAAGACCUUUACAGAAACUACGUUAAUGGUGCGAUCGCCAGCUCUUGAUAUCAUGAAUUGCAUUAAGUUAACAGAUUUAAACAAACCUGUAAAUCGAUAUGUGCUUUAUGGUGAAUUAGGAGCUGGCAAAUCUCUAACUAUAGCUCAUCUAUUACAUUAUGCACAUGAGAAUAACUUUUUAAUAGUGCAUGUACCAUGGGUAUCUGAAUGGUUGAGAAGGGUGCCACGCCACAAGGAAAUGUCUAACUCACCAACAAAAGAGGGUUUUGUUGAUUUACCUCUAGAUGCUGCUGCAUGGCUUUUACAUUUCAAAACGCAAAACCAAAGUAUUCUAAAGACACCAGAUUUAAGGAUAACCAAAGAGUAUGUAUGGAGCAAGCGUGAAAAGACAGAAAUGGGAGCACCCUUGGCUGAAUUGGUGGAACUUGGAAUUGCACGUGUGAAAUAUGCAUGUGACGUCAUAGAGGCCCUAGUGAAUGAAAUCAAAAUAUUGUCUAAUAAUAAGCAGUGUAAAACAUUUGUAGCUAUUGAUGGGUUCAAUACAUUUUUGUACCCAUUGACACGACUCAAGACACCCACUAAAAAGACAGUUACCCCUGAAGAAGUCACACUCACUGCACCAUUUAUGGAAAUCACUAAAAAUGAUUGGACAAAUGGCGUCAUCGUGAUUUCCGCUGAUCAGAUGGCAGUUCCACAAGAUCACCAAGAAAGUCACUUACCUAAAUACUUACUUUACAAAAAGGGAUUUGAGCACAUAGAUCCGUUCAUACCGGUAGAAGUAGCCAGAUACAGUGAAAAGGAAUUUUUAUCCUGUGCCAGUUAUUAUCGAGACAGGCUAUGGCUGAGAGGACCUCCAGAGACAGAAGAAGAAUUAAAGCUGGCAAGUGCCUGCAACCCUUAUAAAUUCAUGGAAUUGUGUGCGCCUUUA